CAGCGAAAAAACAUCGGCGUUUCUGAAAGGGAGACCCGGGUCCGCCAGGGGCUGGGCUGAAGCUGGCCCACAUGAGGGCGGGGCCUCGAGCCCGGGGGCGGGGCCUCGAUCUCGGGAGUCCGCUCUCGCUGUCUCGCCCACUAGCCUUCCCCCGCAUCCCCGUUCUUUUCGGUUAUUUUCUGCUACGGCCGUUCCCCGCCCUGUCCUGGGCCCCGGGGGCUGCGACCUGAACUUUGGUCAGCUGGAGGAGUCGCCUCCGACCUCCGCCAGAAAUGGGGAACGUGCAGUCAGAGCCGUCCGCAGGCGGUGGCUCCCGAAAAGAGCAGGCCUCGGAGCGCUCCUCGGACUCCCGCCGGACGUCCCUGGUGGAGCCCGAGGUGACCCCUUCCUCCCCGGCCAUGCGUCUGGCUCGCGGGCUGGGCGUCUGGUUCCCAGGCAGCUCCGCACCCCCGGGACUCCUGGUGCCCCCGGAGCCCCAGGCCUCACCCUCAUCCCUGCCCCUGACCUUAGAACUGCCCACGCCAGCGACGUCCCCCCCAGAGGAGGCGGCUGCGGCUGGGGUCUCCACACCACCCCCACCGCCCGUGGGGAACCUGCUGCCCGCACCAUCUAAGUGGCGAAAACCCACGGGCACGCCGGUGCCCCGCAUCCGCGGCCUGCUAGAGGCGAGCCAUCGCGGUCAGGGUGACCCUCUGAGCCUCCGCCCGCUCCCGCCGCUGCCACGACAACUAACCGAAAAGGACCCUGUCCCGAGGGCACCAUCCCCAAUUCCACCACCCCUGAAGCCCCGGAAGCCGCCGCCGCCGCCACCGCCUUCCAACAGGCAGCCCCCGGACCGCAGGAUCACUCCUGCUCUGGCCACUCCCGCCACACCUGCCACACACCCCACGGAAAGCCAGGCCCGGCACUGCAGCGACAGCCCAGCGGCCGGUGGGGCCCGCGGAGGGGCCCCUUCACGAGUGGGGGACAGCGAAAAGGCCAGGCCUGUGGCUUCCGAGCCUGGUCUGAGUUUGCUCUGCAAAGUCACCUUCAAGUCCGGGCCCCCUUUGCCUGCCGCAGCAGCCUCAAGCUCCUUGGCGGCCAAAGCCCCGCUCGGUGGUGGGGGAAGCGGUGGGCUCUUCGCCGCCUCCGGCGCGAUCUCUUACGCCGAGGUCCUGAAGCAGAGGCCCUUGGCUCCUGGUGCCUCUCGUCCCUUGGGAGAUGUUCCUCGGGGUGCGCAGGAAGCCGAGGGCGGCAAUGGAGACGGCGAAGCGUGUUCGAGUCCCCGCUCGGGGUCGGCCUCCCACGCCCGAACCCUGCCGCCGCCACCCUACACCACCUUCCCAGGCUCGCAGCCAAAAUUCGACUGGAUGAGCCCUCCUGACAGCCCUGAACGCCACUUCCGCUUCAACGGGGCCGCUGGAGCCGUCGGGGCGGCCCGGCGGCGCGCGGCAGCACUCUCGGGGCCCUGGGGCUCGCCGCCGCCGCCGCCGCCGCCAGGGCAGACGUACCCAGCUCCCGGGCCGCGGAGGCCCGCACCGGCCCUGCUGGCGCCGCCUAUGUUCAUCUUCCCAGCACCCACCAAUGGCGAGCCCGUUCGCCUAGGGCCUCCUAGCCAGCAGGAGUUGUUGCUGCCGCCGCCACCACCGCCACCGCCGCCACCGCCGCCGCCACCCACGCCACCUGCCACACCGUCGCCCGCGCCGCUGGCCCCACCGCAGCCGCCAGCGCGCCAGCCAACGCCACUGCCGCUGGUGCUCCCGCCCACCCCAGGUCCUGGCCACGUGGAGUCAGCCCCUGCUCCUUCCCCCGCCCCUGCUCUGCCUCCGGUCUUGGCCACCGACCAGGCCCCAGCCCCGGCUCCUGCUCCUGCUCCCAGCGUGGCCGAGCUGUCGCCGCCAGCGCCCCCGCCCCCGCCCCCCAAAGCUCGCACGCGCAGGAACAAGGGUCCUCGCGCAGCCCGAGUGACCCGAGAGGACGGCGCGCCUGGCGAUGGGCCUCGUGAGCGGAACACAGCUGCGGUGACCAACAGCGGCGGUGCCGGGGCUCCUUCCACAGGGGCAGCUAACAAGGGCGCUGUGCGCCACUGGCCGCCUUUCCAGGUGCUGAGCUCUUGUCCCUGCAAGUGUUACUGCCGCCACCAGGCACGCCAUCGCCGCCUGCCACGCAACGUGUCUGCCUGGCUGAGCACACCCACCAACCACCUGAGCGAGCCGCCCUGGGUCGCCACCAUCAAGCUGGCAGGCUCCCUGGUGGCUGGGCUGGAGCACUACGACUUGCAGGCCACCCACUCCAACUGAGUGCAGCCCGCUCUGCACUUCCUGCCUUCCCUCCGUGCCAAUAAAGUCACACGC